AUGAUACUGGCAAUCUGGUGGCAGAAAAAAAAGAAGAGAAAAAGGCAACUUCAGAAAAGAAAGCGCCCUUUGCCCGAAGAAACACGAAGAGAAAAGAAUAAUGAUGAUGGUUCUGUGCCAAAAACAGAAGCAAACAAGGAGAAAGCUGCAAAAAAGAAACAACCCAAAAAAGAGAAUUUAAAUUUUCUAUCCAGAGUGUCGCCGGCCGGAGUUUAUAAAAUUUUUGCUGCGCUUGAUGUUGACCAAAGAAAGCUGGCUCGGAAAACAGGUUUCGGGCACAUUUUGAGCCUUGGAAUCAGUAAAUUCACACCCGGAUUUGUCCCUUUACCUGUUAAGCAAUUUCAGGUUCGGCAACAAGACGUUGCUGAUUCAAGGCAGAAGAAGAGAAUUGAUGAUCACGGAAGAAGAUGUGGAAGCUGUCCGAAGAAAGUAGUUAAAGCCUAUGAUUCUAGGGACAAGUCCGAAGAUCAAGAGGAGUACAUGAAUCUUGUCCGGCAGAUGAGGGAGACAUUCGGAAUGAAAGACCUAAAUGCGGGAUCGCCCACAACAACUAAAAUUAGAGCCUACCAUGUAACGGGUGAUCCUGAUUGCCUGGAUCCGAAAAGACUUCCUGAAGAUCAAAGAAACCGAGUAUAUGGAGAAGAAUUCAAAAG